AUGGUUCGUCUCCUCGAUGGUCCUUCUGUAAAAGCAGAAGAAAUCGAGUGGGCGAUGGAUCUAGAGGCCGGGAAGACCCUCAUCGACUGGCUUGCAGCUCAAAUGCCUCCGAACUUGGACAUGGACGAUGGCGACCUUGACCUUGUUCAGAAAACGGUUUUGACUGGAGUUGCUCUGGAGAGAGAGGAGGUGGAAGCGUUGGCGAAUAUACAGACGAGCUCUGGAGACGACGAAGACACUGUUUGCAUGCCAAAGAACUACUCAGUACCAAGUGAAGCACGGGAGCAUGCUAGACUCAUGGAUACCGAAUCGACUUAUAUCGAGGAUGAAAUCGAAUUGCUGAGAACGCGACUGAAGCAUACCAAGAUCGCCAAUCGCAAGAUGACCCAGACAAUGAAAGAUCUAAAGCGGGAGAUUGGGAGGACCUGUGAGGAGAUUUCAGCUUCUCAGGAAAGACUUGCAGAGAUGCCGACUCUACUGCUUCCACAGUCGAUUCGAUGCGCCUCUGAGGUUCUUGAUGCUCUCAAAAACAAGGCUUCUGGCGACGCGCCAACCGAUGCUGAACUGAAAGCCUACGCCAGCUAUCGAUCCGCUGUGGUCGAGCGCACCAAACAGGGAGUACAAGAUGUUAUAACAGCAGCCGCAGGUCUCCCAUCUGAAGAAGAGCUCGAGCAAGUGGCGCACCAGGUUUCGAAGAAAUUGUACGGCGAACAGGGCGUCAUCAAAGUCGCUGAAGAAGUAUUUUUCCGCCAACAGAUGGAAGAAGUAUGCGAAGAAUUGGAACGGACGGACCGGAGGGCUGGUGUUGCAAACUUGCUUCUCAAAGUCAAGUCGGCACAGGAGCACCAAGUCGAUGAAGUCAAGGAUGUUGACAUCAGGGAAGAGCUUGAGAUGGCGUGGCGGCUGGAUCAAAUGAGCCUCCUUAAUGAGAAGUCGGAAAUUUUGCAGAAUGCUAUUAAAGAUUUUGAGAGCAAUAUCAUACCUCCUUUACAGUCGCUUUACGGCACCGUCAAAACCUCUGUAUCUCAUAUGGCUGAAGCGGAAGGCCUAAUCGCUGCACUGGGCGAGGAAUUGGAGGAGAUCGCCGAGUCCUCUCGCUUAGCGACGGACAAUAGCCGCAACAGUCUCGGGAUCUCUCAAGAUACUGCCGCAGAAGCUCAGACUCUUCAGGCUGGCUUAGUCGACCUCCUGAAAAAGUAUGAAGAUCUGCGACCAGUUCGUUCGGAACCGCUGGUCCUUCUAGAUCGUGAAGACACCUUGCGUGAAUUGAAAGCUAUCAAAGAACAAGAGCGCUCUCUGGAAUCGGAAGAAGAACGCGGAAGUGUUGCCCUUAUCCAAGGGUUAGAGCAUCUGAGGGAGCUCGCUGGGGCUUUUGUUAUCUGAUACGUAUCGGCAUUCGCCCUUGGACACUUCACCUCCUUAUGCGCUGCCUCUGGAGUUGAGGAAUUUAGAAAGGGAAACUCAAAAGAAGAGCGAAGAUCUAAGGCAAUAGUGUUUCGAUGUUGCAAAAGGUGAU